GACAGUCACGUGACAGCGCACGCCUGCAGCUGAUUGGACUCGAAGCGCGGAGGGCGUGCCGACAGCGGCGGCGUGCGUUUGCCAGUGUGACACAAUUACAACAACUUUGAGCCGAUGCUUGGGGAAGUUUACGAUAUUAUCAAAUUACACCCAGUCGUAAAAAGCCAACGUUGCAUCCACUCCAUGUACACAUCGGCGCCGGGAAUAACGCUGUUAAAAUGAGGCGGGUGGAAGCUAACUUGAAGGGCUCGUUUCCUUGAGGAUUUGGAAAGAAAACUACCCUACGCCCCGCGCGAAAAAGGUGUGCAACUCCUCCGUUGCUCGUAACGUUUUGCCAGGGGGGGCUCGGUCGCCGUUGAGCUUCAAGUUGCCCACCAUGAAAUCGUGCGGAGUGUCGCCCGUCUCUACCGCCGCCGCCUCCUCUUCGGCUGCUACGCGGAGUCCGAGCGCCGCCGCUAAUGACGAGGAGAAAAUGGCGUCGGCAAAAGCGAGUGAAACCGAGGAGGACUUUCCGACGCUUACAGCGCAAGAGAAAGAGCGACUGCUCGGAAUUGACAGUUCACUGUUUGGAUUUCAUAGGCUUCAAGAAGAUGGCGCCAGAACGAAGGCCUUACUGUUAAAGGCUGUUAGCUGCUAUAACGCCGUCAUCCUGAAAGCAGAAGGGAAAGUCGAUCCUGACAUUUUCUGUCAGAUCGGCCAUUUCCACCUCCUGUUGGAGGACUAUCCAAAAGCAUUAUCUUCAUACCAGAGGUACUUCAGUUUACAGCCAGACUACUGGAAGAAUGCUUCCUUUUUAUACGGGAUUGGGUUGGUUUACUUCCAUUACAAUGCAUUUCAGUGGGCAAUCAAGGCAUUUCAGGAGGUGCUCUACAUUGACCCCGGUUUCUCCCGUGCUAAGGAGAUUCACCUGCGACUGGGACUCAUGUUUAAAGUCAACACAGACCAUGAAUCCAGUUUAAAGCAUUUUCAGCUGGCUUUGAUCGACUCAAACCUCUGCACUUUGUCAAAGGCUGAAAUUCAGUUCCACAUCGCUCAUUUAUAUGAGAUCCAGAAGAAGUACCGGGCAGCGAAAGAAGCUUAUGAAAGUCUCCUGCAGACGGAGAAUCUUCCUGCUCAGGUGAAGGCCACCACACUGCAACAGCUCGGCUGGAUGCAUCACACAGUGGAGCAGUUGGGGGAUAAAGGCACCAAGGACAGCUAUGCCAUCCAGUGUCUGCAGAAGUCUCUAGAAGCGGAUCCAAACUCUGGCCAGUCCUGGUAUUUUCUCGGAAGGUGCUACUCCAGUAUCGGCAAAGUGCAGGAUGCAUUUAUCUCCUAUCGUCAGUCCAUCGAUAAGUCAGAGGCCAGUGCUGAUACUUGGUGCUCCAUAGGGGUGCUCUACCAGCAGCAGAACCAACCUAUGGACGCGCUGCAGGCUUACAUCUGCGCCGUUCAGUUGGACCACAACCACGCCGCCGCUUGGAUGGACCUGGGCACGCUGUACGAGAGCUGCGGGCAGGCGCACGACGCCAUCAAGUGUUACGUCAACGCCACGCGCAGCAAGGCCUGCGUCAACACCGCCGCGCUAGCGCAACGCAUCAAGCUUCUGCAGGCUCAGUUGUGUAACCUACAGCCAGGUAGUCUGCAGAAUAAGAGUAAAAUGCUCCCUAGUAUUGAGGAGGCGUGGAGCCUGCCCAUCCCUGCUGAGCUCACUUCCAGGCAGGGGUCCUUGAAUGCUGCACAGGCACAGCAGGCUUGCAAGGGGGAGGGAGGCCAAAGCGACCUAGAGGGCAAUCCUGCCAAAAAGAAACGCACUGCCAGCCCAGUCAAAAGUGUUGCAGAUUCGUGUGCGAACAGCGCCAAUCAACAGCCGGCUCCUGGCUGGUACCUCACACCACAGAAGCUUCAGCUUCUAGAUCACUUGCGUACAAACAGAGCCAUCCUCAAGCCCAUCCAGGUGCAAAUGCUGGAUCAGCUGGAGAACCAGUUCUCACUCAUGCAGCAGCAUCAGCAGCAGACGAGAGUGGGGGCCCAGCUUCGGCCCAGCCUUCCCAACGGUCCUAAGGCGGAGUCCCCCAACUGCCACGCAGGCCUCCCCCGCUCCUCCCCCCUGAAUCACGCAGCCAUCAGACCGCCGUGCGCCGCCCAGCCCGCGGCCAACGGGUCGUGUUCGAGUCCGUCGUCGGGGCCGCCCGACACGAGGUAUUCUACAGGGGACCACGCCGCAGUGCUGGGAGGUGGCAGCAUGAGCAACGGAAACGUGCCUUACGCACAGCAGAACUCUCUACCUCACAACUGCACAGCCGUCAGUCACCCCAGCACCAGCAGCGCCAGUCCCGCUCAUCCAGACGAGACGUGGCGGAGCCCGCAUAGCAACGCCAACACUCAGGGGCUUCACAAAGGUCCAGGUUCACAUUCGGCAGGUCCCAAUGGAGAACCCCCUUUCUCUUCUUCCUCCUCUUCCCCUCAAACCUCAUUUUCCUCCUCGGCUAUUCUCAAUCAGGUGGGACAUUCCGGGCCCUGCACUGCCUCGUCGUCGGCCUCCUCUUUAUCCCCAACGUCCCCCAGGUCCACCCCCAACCACUUUUCCUCGCCUCCCCAUUCCGCCACUACCUCAGGGCUCCUCACCAAAGACAACGCGCCUUCCGGCGGUAGCGCGGGAGCGGCUGCCGCUCUGUCGCCGGGCCCCGACGCUACCGCCAAUACAGGGAUAACCCAGUGUUCCGGCACCGCGCCCGCACCGGGAUUGACGAAUCACGUCCGACCGCGGGUGACGGAAGAACCCGGCUCUCCGACCCCCGGCGCUCCCGCUUUAGACAAUCCUCCGCUCUCGGCCUUGCUAAAGGGAAAAGCCACCGCAACCAACAGGAAUGAUGAAGAUAAUGAGAACAGUAGUAACCACGCAGGGCCUUUCUCAGAGAAAAUCAACAAUGUCCACGCGGGUGCUGCUAAAGCUGCAUCGGAGCAAUUCUUGACAUCUUCGCCACUGUGCUCCACCAGCGCCCCUGCCACUGUGCACUCCUCCAACAGCCUCUCCCGCCUUACCAGCCAAAUGGACACACAGGGGCCCGCAAUCAACGGGACGGAGGACUCUCUGAGCCCGCAAAAGACAGAAGGGGCCGUGCACAGACACUCGGCCUCCGCUGGCCUGGCUCCUUGGUCUUCUGUUUCCAUCUACCCUAGCUCCAGCGAAGUGCUCAAAGUGUGCAGGAAUCUUGGCAAGAAUGGUCUAUCGACAAGCAGCAUCAUUCUGGACAAGUGCCCGCCACCUCGACCCCCGAUCAUACCGUCGCCUCCUUUGCCCAAGGACAAGCUUAACCCACCAACGCCCAGUAUUUAUUUGGAAAACAAGAGGGAUGCCUUCUACCCUCCUCUCCAUCAGUUCUGCACUAACCCUGCCAACCCAGUCACUGUCAUCAGGGGUCUGGCAGGAGCCCUUAAACUGGAUUUGGGGCUCUUCUCCACCAAGACACUGGUAGAGGCCAAUCCCGACCAUCUGGUGGAAGUGCGAACCCAGUUGGCUCAGCCCACCGACGAGAAUUGGGACCCCAGCGGCAGUCGCAAGAUGUGGCGUUGCGAGAGCAGCCGGUCGCAUACCACGAUCAUCAAGUACGCCCAGUACCAGGCCUCAUCCUUCCAGGAGUCGCUACGGGAGGAGAAUGAAAAGAGGAAGGAGAUGGAAGCCGAGGCAGCCUCAUCCGACAGUCGGCGGAGGAAAUGUCCUUUUAAGCACAUCAAGUUCGGGACCAACAUAGACCUCUCGGAUGAAAAAAAGUGGAAGCAGCAGCUCCAGGAACUAACCAAGCUUCCGGCCUUUGCCCGCGUGGUAUCGGCCGGCAACCUGCUCAGCCAUGUCGGACACACCAUCCUGGGCAUGAAUACAGUGCAGCUCUACAUGAAGGUUCCUGGGAGCAGGACACCAGGUCACCAAGAGAACAAUAACUUCUGUUCGGUUAACAUCAACAUUGGCCCUGGCGACUGCGAAUGGUUUGCUGUGCCUGAGGCGUACUGGGGCGUCAUCAACAGCUUCUGUGAAAAGAACAACAUCAACUUCCUGAUGGGCUCCUGGUGGCCAAACCUGGAGGACCUGUACGAGACCAACGUGCCUGUUUACCGCUUCAUCCAGCGCCCCGGGGACCUGGUGUGGCUCAACACGGGCGCCAUCCACUGGGUGCAGGCUAUUGGCUGGUGCAACAACAUUGCGUGGAAUGUGGGGCCCCUCACAGCCCAUCAGUACAAGCUGGCAGCGGAACGCUACGAGUGGAACAAACUGCAAAGUGUCAAAUCCAUCGUUCCCAUGAUCCACCUCUCCUGGAAUCUGGCCAGGAACAUCAAAGUGUCAGACCACAAACUCUUUGAGAUGAUCAAAUACUGCUUGCUACGGACUCUGAAGCAGUGUCAGAUGCAGCGGGAGCUUCUUUUGGCUGCCGGGAAAGAAUUAGUUUGGCACGGACGCACGCAGAACGAGCCUGCGCACUACUGCAGUAUUUGCGAGGUGGAGGUGUACGACCUCCUGUUCGUGACCAGCGAGAGCAACAGCAGGAAGACCUACGUGGUGCACUGCCAGGACUGUGCCCGUAGGGGGGACCCUAACCUGGACAACUUUGUGGUGCUGGAGCAGUACAAAAUUGAAGAGCUCAUGCAGGUCUAUGACCACUUCACUCUGGCAAGUCCUCUGCCUUCGUCAUCCGGAUGACGACGAUGGACUCUCCGCGCAUCUUUUCGCUCUUGUUGACAUUUAGGAAGUAAGCCGUCAGUCCUAUCGAAGCACGCUCCGUAGCGUUCCGCCAAGGCAGCUAGCCGUGCGUAAGUCUAUGCAACCGGCCUCCCCCUAGUGGACUGGAGGGGGAAGGCAGACUUCCUCUCCUGAAGCAUUGUACAAAUAUUAUGAUUUCAAGUCAACGGACUACUGACUCGUUUGUUCUCCGUUCUUUUAGUUCCAUUUGCCAUCACCUAGCCGCUCUUCUUUCUACCUUUUGUUAAAUAAAAAAGAACACCUUUGUAAUGUGAACAGUAGAGUCACGCGGUCUUUGCAACAUUUCCCUUUUUAUAUAUCGUUUUGCUGGAACAAUGUUAAUAAUAAUUUGUAGACACGAGGCCACGUCACCAAGAAAAAAAUGGUUGCACAGAGUUCAUUAGUGUUUUUUUUUUUUUUUUUUUUUUUAAAUGUAAAUGUACACUAUUUAUAAAUGCAUAUUUAUUGCUUGAAAAUAUUUGUUGAUGGAAUGCUGUCAUUUUUUUUCUCUCCAGAAGACCUGCCAUUAGAUUUGAAGGAGCCUUGUGAUUGCUCUUAAUAUGUUUGAUAUAGAAAUAAAAGUGCUUACUAAGCAUUGUGCAGACAUCAGUCGGAGUGGUCGCCUGAAGGAUGUUUUAUGCGUCAAUAAAUGAUUUGUCUCUAUGUA